UUUUCUGAGAGAAAAUUACUUUUUUAGGGACAUUAUGUGCAGAAGAAAAGCCAAUAAAACCAAUCAAAAAAAUGUCCCAGGAGCUUUAAAACGAGCUACAUCUACUAUGUAAAUUACUCCACCAAAGACCCAACGUUUCGAAUCCACCAUGCUGAAACUUGCCAUUUUAUUAGUCGGCGUUGCCAUUGUGGCUGCCAUCAACGAAGAUCUCAAUGGAGAAUGGGAGAUCUUCACUCAAACCUAUUCCAAGGAAUACGCUAGUGAGGCUGAUUCCCAAAAGAGACGACUCAUCUGGGAAGACAAUAUCAACUUUAUUCAACUCCAUAACUUAAGAGCUGAUCGUGGUCUUCACAGUUACAGAUUGGGUAUGAACGCCUUCGGUGACAUGACACGAGUGGAAAUCGUACAGAAGAUGAAUGGUUACAGAAUGGCCAACAGAACCCGUGGAGCCACCUUCAUGGCACCAUCCCAUGUUGAAGUUCUGCCAACAACAGUUGAUUGGAGAAGCCAAGGUUACGUCACACCAAUCAAAGAUCAGAAAGAAUGUGGUUCAUGUUGGGCUUUCUCGUCAACUGGUUCAUUAGAAGGACAACAUUUCAAGAGAACAGGAAAGCUCGUGUCUUUAUCUGAACAAAACUUAAUGGAUUGUUCUAAACCAGAAGGUAACCAUGGAUGUGGUGGUGGUUUGAUGGACUUCGCUUUUGAGUAUAUUAAAUCUAAUGGUGGUAUUGAUACCGAAGCUAGCUAUCCAUACACAGCCCGAGAUGGUCGAUGCCGAUAUCAGGCCGCUAACGUUGGUGCCACUGAUGUUGGUUUUACUGAUAUUCCACGAGAUAGUGAGUCAGGUCUUCAACAAGCCGUAGCAACUGUAGGUCCCAUUUCAGUCGCCAUUGAUGCCAGUCGAUCCACCUUCCAUUUCUACAAGACUGGUGUCUACAGUGACGUAGAGUGCAGCUCUGUCAGACUCGAUCAUGGUGUCCUUGCUGUCGGUUACGGUACUGAUGCUGGUUCAGAUUAUUGGCUUGUUAAAAACAGCUGGGGUACCGUGUGGGGUAUGCAAGGUUACAUCAUGAUGUCAAGAAACAAGAGUAACCAAUGCGGUAUAGCUACACAAGCUAGUUAUCCAAUGGUUUAGGUUGUUAUAUAUAGCGAUGGCAAUUACAAAGCAAU